CUUUUUUUUUUUUUUUCACAUUUCCACAUUCUUUUCUUUAUAGCUAUCAGAGGACAAUGUCACCUCCAACCGAUUCCACAGACCUCAGCGAAUUUGAGCCGCAUUCGUCACGGGAGCCAGUUGCAUUGCGGCCGUACGAUUCGCGAGUUCCUGAGCCCAUGAACAACUACAACCUGCCAUCAGACCGGAAAAUUAUAGAGGACAAGCUGCGGCUACUGCGAGAGCACUUCCCAACGUUUGCCAACAAGUCAGCGGACGACCUCGAAGACCUGCUUCGGUAUGAAGAUUUAUUCCAGGCGCAUAUUGACGGGCUUGAGCAGGUGCAGCUUACUCGGACGCUCGAAUACGAGCUGCGGGUCGAGAACGAGAGUCUUGCGGAAAUCAACCUGACCGCGGAGCCCGAGCUGAAAAAAAUGCGUGACAAGGUGGCAGAGCUGCAGGCGGUGGCUGGGUCGUUGACAACACGGCUGUAUGAGCUGGUGCAGGAGCAUGUUGAUCUUCAGAAGCCAUAUUCGCCGCAAACACUGAUUCAGCGGAUGAACGAUGAGGCCAAUCAGCUCGAUAUCAAGUCGAACGAGGUGCUGGACAACUUCCGAAACCACAACGGUACUAUUGGGUUGGCCGAAUGUGAUGACUUCAUCAAGCAGUACAAGCAACUGAGAAAGUCGUACCACUCACUCGAUGCCAGGCACCAGCUGGCGGCGGCCGCACAUAGGAGCGGCAAGCUGGUCGGUGUACCUACCAUGGACCGCUGAGCUCCUCUAUGUAUUAUGAUGUACUUCUGGGUAGAGAUAGUAAAAUCAAAUUAUCCAGUAGUGGGUAAAAAGUCGCACAGAGUAAACGCUAUGGAGAGAUAUUACGGAGUGAGUUGCCUCACUUGAGGAGGCAGGGGAUAUUCAGGCAGUGCCUGCCUCGAGCUGGUGGUGGUAUUCGGCA